UGCUUCUCAUAGUUUCGUUCGUUCGUUCCUUGAGACCCUAGAGUUACAUUCUUCUCCGGAUUAACAGAGAGCUCUGAUUUGGUGGAUUUAAUUUUUCAAGUUUUCAGAAAUUCUUAGUCAUGGCGACUGAUUCUUCUUCUACUUCGAAUGGUCUUCCUAUACCGGGAGCGAACCCUUCUUCAUCAUCCCAAUUCACGUACUCGAACGGCUCUUAUUUCCCUUUACCGUUCCAUCUUCAACAAUCAGACCCCAUGGCUUCUCAGCAGUACCCUAAGCCGUACAGUUAUCCAACUCCGACGGUGCAAAUCCCUCCAGCGGUGAAAGUUCCUGCCGCUCCGGGUAUCUCCUCUGUGUAUCCGGCUACUGCGCCCGUCUCUGGUGUAUAUUCGCUCCCGCAGUAUCAACAGGCACAACAGUUAUUUCAGAGAGAUGCACAGACAAUUACACCAGAAGCUCUCGAGAGUGUAAAAGCUGCACUUGCAAGCAGUGAAAUUGAGCACAAGUCAGAGACCAAGAAGAAAGCAAUACCCCGUAAAGCUGCUGGACAAAGUUGGGAGGAUCCAACUCUUGCAGAUUGGCCAGAGAAUGAUUUUCGCUUGUUUUGUGGGGAUCUUGGUAACGAAGUGAAUGAUGAGGUUCUUUCAAAAGCAUUUUCAAGAUUUCCUACCUUUAACAUGGCAAAGGUUGUUAGAGAUAAGCGGACUGGCAAAACCCGAGGUUAUGGAUUUGUUAGCUUUGCCAACCCUUUAGACCUUGCAGCAGCAAUGAAGGAAAUGAAUGGUAAAUAUGUUGGAAACCGUCCAAUUAAACUACGUAAGAGCUCCUGGAAGGAUAGGACUGAUAAUGAAGCUUUGGAGAGGCAAAAGCACCAUACUCAAAAGAAACCAAAGUUGCCAAAGAAGAGUGUCUUGCACAAGUGAAUCUGAUGGGCAUGCAGACUGGAUGAUAGAUUGACCAUGACAAGGGAAAGAAGAUGGAGUUGCUAAGGAUUCCUUUGGUCUCCUCUGACAUAUGGUCGAAAGGAAAAAUGGUUCUUGGUAGUUGCUUUAUUCAGGGUUGGCACAUGGACUGGAGUUGGGCCAUUUUCAUUCCUGUAUCCGCUAACAUGUAUUUUUACUACAAGAUUUUCUGUCUGAAUUGCAGUUCUUGUUGCUUGGUUUUGAUUUUCUUCUGUAAAAUAUCUUUUUUAAUUCAGAUUCUCUUAACUUUGGUCCAUGUGAUGAUAAUGAAUAGCAACAUUAAACUA